CGUCGCCGAGCUCCAUUCUGGUGUCCCCGCACAGUAAAAAUCUUCAUGCCGGACGAUCGGGAUCAUCAUCAUCCGGGCUGAAUAGAACUACUUCAUCAGGACUGCAACAACAUGGCCAUCAGCAGCACACGAACAGUAACUCGCUUUACUAUGACCAAGACGUGAACACCCGGAAUUUGAACAGCGGGAGUGGCGGAGGUGUCGUUCCUGGGAAAACAAAUGAAAAUUUAAAAUUGAAAAAUAAACCACAACGCACGACUUACUCCCCAGCCCCACGUGGAACCUCCGGGGGGCAGCAACAGCAGCAACUACACGGGAGAUUGAAUGCCGUGUCUACGUCGAGAAACAAGAUCAUUAAUUCCUCCGUGUUGUCAACAACUUCCACAGGGUCAACUAUUUCAGUCAACCCCGGAGGUGCAGCUGCUCCGGGGGAACAAACAUCUAGUAAUAAGAAGCACAAAAGAACCGCGGUGAACCCAUCUGUGCUCAUGUCGUCGAUUGGCACGGUGAACGAGGAGGAGGAUCUGGACGAUGUGGAUCCGAUCUUGAAACAGAUGAAUGUGCUGUCGGUGAGAGAAGAAGAAGAAGAAGAAGAAGAAGAAAACUACAUCAAGCUGCAGGGGAAUCAGCAUCCAGGAACUUCUGCAACUAUGGGCAAAAACGAAUCUAUUUUCGACCACGACCACCCGGAGAUGGAGAACAAAGAUGAAGUGCUAGACGAGCCCCCUCCGCCUACCUCCGCAGGGGCAGUUUUCAACACAUUGCUAAAUUCCACCAUCUAAGGAUUGCAAAACAAAAGCAUCGUACUAGUACGAAUUCAACCAGGAUGAGAAAUGGAGUUUGUAAUGCGGAUUUACCAUAAGAAAGGAGUUUGUAAUGCUGAUGCAUACCUGCAAUCACUACGAAGAUUGCGAUACUUUUGCACAGGAUACCAACACAAAUUCCAGCAACACGACCACUACACACGAGUCUUCCUUUGGGAACGUCAGCUCGGACAGGUCAUCUGCAGGUGUUGCUGGUAGUCGUGGUGUUUCAGCAGCACAAAUGAUUCCGACUUCAUCUUCAACAUGGUCCAAAACAUCACUUUCUGAUGUUGGUGCCACGAACAACAUAAUGCAGUCGCAUCAACCCGGCGGUGGUUGUACUACAUCCUCAACUUCUAUGACAAAAGCCGCGAACCAAGAGUACGACAAAAUUACGGAACAAUACGUUGCUUUGCGGCUCGAACCCUACCAGAAAAUUCUCCAUAUCAAUUGCAAAUAUGUCUGGGUCGGGCAGAAGGCCAGGUUUGUCAUGCUCGGCCAGCAUGAGUCUCAAGUCUGUCAUGUACGUUAUCCAAGCGCCCCGAGUGGUUACUGUCAUGCAGAAACGCAGUUUGCCAUGCAGAAUGGGCAACGCCUAGCGACUCAAAAACUUGUCGUGCUUCGCUGCGAUUGGAGGCGUCCUCAUGACUGUCGAGCCCGCAUCACAAGUUCUUUCCAAACUCCGACAUACCUGCAGGUGAUAAUCCAAGUUUUGAAGCAAAAAGAGAAAACGUUGUACGAUCAGGUGCAAUAUCAAAUGUAA